GCUGUAAUAGUGGCUGUAAUGAUGACAGAAUAGGGAUGGUAAUGACCCGCGAGGAGAAACGCGCGAGAGACGCGGGUAGACCGUCUGCCGUGCAGGCUACAAGAAUUUGCCCAGGCAAGUUUGUGCCAGUUUGCGCACGAUUGCAAUAACCGGAAAUGCGUAAGCACUUCAAUGAAGUAUUUUCAUUGUCUUGCUUGCAUUUCCCGCCACAUCGCGGGGAAAAAAUUAUAAACAAAUGUUGACAUUGUCAUUCUAAUGUCAAAGCUAACAAAAUGGCGUUGGAUUUUGGUCUGGGAAAACAAAUCGUGAUUUAUGCUAGCGAAUUAGCAAGUGCUGUUGAUCAACAUCCCUACAAAGCAAAAGAAGAAACUGUUUUCGGAGUAUGGAAGCGAUUCGAUCGCCCAUCGUUCGCUUUUUCGCUGAGUUUGGCCUACGCCGGCGAAGUGUUUGAACUUUGCAAGAAAUAUAUAAAAGAUAAACCGAUGCGAAAUGCAUUGCCAGACGAAAUAGAAAGCGAUUUAGGAAAGCAAAAGUUCACGAACUCGCUAAAAGAGAUCUUUUCCAAUCUGGAAUGGCGCAAUCUACGCCAGAAAAUUAUGAAUUUUGUCGACACAAAAGAGUUUGGCGAAGCGAAAGAGAAAGUGUUGUUGAAUUUGUUGGGCGAAAGUGAAAGAGUCAACCAAGCUGUUGCUACUCUCUGUGGUGAAGAAAAGAAAUCGGUUGAGGAAAAAGUGGAAGAGGUUUGUAAGAUAUAUAAUUGGAUCAAUGAUUAUGGGUCAAGUGGUAUUAACUGAACUCUUAUAUUCAGGGUAUUCAUUUCAAUGAUUACGGUAUUCCAUAACUAUUGAUUUUUUAGUUGAGUUUUUGCACGUACAUUUGAUAGAUUCUUGUUGUGUUAAAUAUUAAAGUUUUCGCUUGUUUGUUUACUGAUCUCCAGUUCAGAGGUCUUGCGGCUUUAAAUACAACGCAAUUGUCUCCAACAAUAGCCUGUGAACAGGCUCUCAGAGACAUAAAAAGAAUAGUGAAUCUUCAGACGGAAUAGUGAUUUUCAAAGUCUACUUUAAUAAUUCCGGUUGUAUAGUAGAGGCAAAUGUAAAUUUCGACCCCUUUAUAUAUUUGGUUAUUAUAAAUUUCCCAAAUGGUACAGUUAACUUGGUACAAUAUACAAUGGUAAAACCCAUGAUGUUUCAUUAUUUACCAUUGAUGGUAUUUUAUUAUUAACAGAACUAUUGCAAUUGUAGGUUUGUAAGACUAUCGUCAAGGAAACGGGCAAGGCUGUGGACAAACCGACUCAAGACGCUUUAGCCCACAAAUUACGUCGCGACAGAGGGACUGUUUUGGAAGCUAAAACUGUCACAGAAUUUGCAGUUGCCUCGGGAAAGGCUGUGCGCAGAGAACCAGCAAAGUUGUAUCGCAAGAUAUUGACAUAUAAUGACAUAUCCUGGCUCCUUGUCGGUCGUGUUGAUGCUCGUGACGAGAGCACCAUAGUCGAGGUUAAGAACCGUACCAGACGAUUCAUGUGCCCUGAUUACGAUGUUCUCCAACUGCAAGCUUAUAUGUACUUGUGCAAUAAAAGCAAAGGGAUUUUACUCGAGCGAUUACAUGGUGAAAAUCGGGAAACUCCAUUUGAGUUUAAUGAAUCCUACUGGAACGAAGCUAUCAUACCAGCCAUGUAUGAAUUUGUACGUGAGGUUGAGGAAAGGGUCAUUAUGAGUCGAAGUAUAUUAGAUGGAGUGACUCCACCCUUAUCGCCAAGGAAACGAGCAUGUGCAUUUGGCGUUGAAUCGCCAUCAAAAGUAACCAAGGUUGAACCAGGUUCACCUGUAGUUCGUCCAGGGUUAUCUUCGGAUAAAAAGGAUCAUCAGGGAGAUAACGAGAAUGAUCAGGGAGAUAACAAAGUUGGUCAAGGUGAUAACGAAGUUUGUCAAGGAAAUAAGCUUUGUCAGAGGGAGAACGAGGUUUGUCAAGAGUUAUUUGGCGAUGACAAGAUAGGGUCAUUACAGGUUAAUGAGGUUCUUUAUGCAUCGUCUUGGGAUAACGAACCAUCCUCGGAUCUUGGAGAGAAUUCUUCACAAGACGCAAAUAAUUCCUUUACCCUUUAUUUAUCUCCAUCGGAUACGGAAAGUGACGAAGAGUUAGCAAACAUGCCUUUAGAUGACAUUAUAAAUUGUAUGUAGGUUGUAGAUAUUUGUACAUAAUUAUACAUAGUUAGAAAAAAGCCACAAAAUGCUAAAUAAUAUGGUUUUAAUUUAGUUUUGGAAUUUUAAAAUCUCAAAAAAAUUAUUAAUUUAUCAUGUUAUAACUUAAGAAGUGUAUAAUCAUAAUUUAAAUGAAUGUACGACCACGCUUUUAAAAUAAAUGAUUUUAUAAACAGUAUUGUCUAGUUUUAUUAUAUGGUAUAUAAGAUGGAUAAUCCAAGUGACAAUAUAAUGUAACUAUCAAAUCAACUAUCCCUGACUAUCCCUCAUGUGUUUUAAGAGUUGCCUGCGGAGGAGGCUACCAGGAACCAAGCCUGGAAAUAAUUUUUUAAGGCCUGCCUGUCAAAAUGACCAGCACCAAUGCAUAUGUGCCUGUCAUGAAAAAAAAACAUACCUGUCAAUCAAAUAUGCAGUGGUUACAUACAUUCAAUGGUAUUUAGAACAGUUUUUGCUAACCUUGCAUUUUAAUCCUGUUGAAUUAAUAUUUUGCUAAUAUAUAGAAAUAAUCACAUAAGUUUCUGAAUAAUGCAAACUUGUGCCUGUCAAUUAAAACACUAGAAAUUAUGUAUUUGUAGAGGUCAAUGACCGUGACCGGACACUUAUUUUCAGGCUUGCCAGGAACGGUUCCGAAAAAUGCAACAUGUACUAGCUCUUCUGGCAGGAAUCAAUUUUUAAACCCUGCUUGCUGCUGCCCUGCAAUUCUGGUGCAGCACUUUUACCAACAUCAGGGCCUAUAGUAGUAUAGUUGCAUUUUUCAACUGCUCCUAGUUACAGUAGGUCUAAAAUGUAUAAAAUUUACAUUUGAAAUUCCCAUCUAUAAUAAGUUAAUAUAAGAUAAAAAGAACUUAUAUAAUACAUAGGUAUAAUUCAAUAAAAGUCUUUAAUAAUAAAAUAAUGAAUGUGAAUUUACAAUGAACCAAUUUACGCCGUAGCAUUAAUAAUUUAAUAUCGAGUUUUAAUUACGUUCUAAUUAUUUUUGUCAUUUGUAUUUCUUUCCAAGUAUUCUGUGAGUUUACUAGGAUAGUCCGUCAUCACGCCUGCAACGCCAAGAUAUUCAAAAGCUCUUGUGAACUCUUCGUCUUCAUUUAAAACCCAGAGGUAUGUCUAAAGAAAAAAGUUUAAAAAUAAUUAAAAGCAGUUGAUGUAAUAUACUUGUGAAUUGGGUAAGAAUUCUUGAACUUUUAGACUUUAAAUACCUGUAUUCCUCUUCUUUCCAGAUGUUUAAUCAACGAAGGACUCAUAAGGAACCUAAUGGAACAAGAAAUUACUGUUGACCUAGUCUUAUAAUACUUUAUUUCCAGUAUGACAUUGUCAUUGACAGAGUAAACGUGAGCAGCAUACACUGUAGCUAUAAGCAGGGAUGCCGGAAAGGGGCAUCACCCCCUUGGGUGAUGGCAGGGGCAUCACCCCCUUGUCUUGGGCAGGGGGCAUCACCCCCUUGCCUUUAGUAAGAGGGGUGAACGUGCCCUUAGAUGAAAAUUCUAACUAAAAAAAAUAUGAGGUACAACGAUUAAAAAGUAUGAAUUAUGGGUGAAAUGCAUGGACGUAAUAUUGAAAUAUAGGUGAAAUUUUCUGGAAUAUAUUGUGUAAAAAAUUAGGUUAACUUUAAAAAAUUUUUUGCCCUUGUUUUGGUGAAUUAAGGUUCCGGAAAACUUUUUCGGAAACAGAAUAUUAAUUAAUGAUUGCCCUUAUGUCAAUAUUGCCCCCCUGUGCCCUCGCCUUGGUGUCCCUGGCUAUAUAAGGAUGUCUGCAAAGCAGAGUAUGUGCAGCCAGACUGGUUAUGCCAAGAUCAAUCUUAACUAUAAAGUCUGGUAUGUAAAAAUCAACUUACCAGUCCACAACUCUCACUAUCAUUCUCUGCUUAUUCGUCAGAUCUCGCCUGCAAAAUAUUUUGAAUUAACGAUAAAAAAUGUACUUAUAACCGAG